UUGACGGUGUGGUUGUCCCCACAGGCAGCAGCAAUGGGGAGCAAACCGGGCCCAGUUCAGAUAGUGACGGUGUGCAAGGAGGAUCACUCCUUUACGCUGGACGAGGAAGCGCUCGAGCGCGUCCUCUUGACCCCGACCGUGCGAGACAAAAAUGUGGUGGUGCUUUCGGUGGCCGGCGCCUUCAGGAAGGGCAAGAGCUUCCUGCUCGACUUCAUGUUGCGAUACAUGUACAGAAAGGGUGACGAAAACUGGCUGGGUAACGACGACGAGCCCCUGACGGGAUUCUCCUGGCGAGGUGGCUCGGAACCGGAGACGACCGGCAUCCAGAUCUGGAGCGAGGUCUUCCCCAUCCAGAAAAGUGAUGGAAGCGAGGUGGCAGUAAUGCUUAUGGACACUCAGGGAGCUUUUGAUAACCAGUCCACAGUGAAAGACUGUGCCACCAUCUUUGCCCUCAGCACCAUGACCAGCUCCAUUCAGAUUUACAAUUUGUCCCGGAACAUCCAAGAAAAUGACCUGCAGCAGCUACAGGUUUUCACCGAGUACGGCCGGCUGGCCUUGGAUGAAAUCUUCCUGAAGCCUUUCCAGUCCUUGAUGUUCCUCAUCCGCGACUGGAGCUUCCCCUACGAGUACACGUACGGCUUUAAAGGAGGCAAUGAAUUCCUGGAGAAACGAUUACAGGUCAAGGAGGCCCAGCACGAGGAGCUGCAAACGGUGAGGGAGCACAUCCACUCCUGCUUCACCAACAUUUCCUGCUUCCUGCUGCCACACCCUGGUUUGAGAGUUGCCACCAGCCCGACUUUUGAAGGACAACUUAAUGCGGUGGCACCAGAGUUCAAAGAGCAGCUGAAGAUUUUGAUCCCCGAUCUCCUGCAUCCCGACAACCUGGCCGAGAAGGAGAUCAAUGGAAACAAAGUCACCUGCAGAGGCCUGCUGGAGUACUUCAAGGCUUACAUCAAGAUUUACCAGGGAGAGGACUUGCCCCAGCCAAAGACUAUGCUCAUGGCGACAGCGGAGGCCAACAACCUGGCAGCCGUGGCGGCGAGUAAAGAUCAGUAUUACAGGAACAUGGAGAAGAUGUGUGGCGGAGACCUGCCCUAUGUGUCUCCUGAGUCACUGGAGGAGAAGCACCAAUUUUACUUCAAGGAGGCUCUCUUCUCCUUCUCCUCCACCAAGAAGAUGGGCGGCCAGGAGUUUUGCGACCGCUACCAAGAGCAGCUGGAGAAGGAGCUGGUGGAGAUGUGGGAGUCGUUCACCAAGCACAACGAGGUCAGCAACAUUAGUUGCGCACGUUAGCUCAGCUCUGCAGGA